AUGACCUUAAGCAAAAGUAAAAUUUGGCAGGCUGCUGAGCUCAAGCCAGUCGAGUUUCCGUUGAAAAGAGCGCUGUUUUCCAAUUGGUUUGUCACCUGGACAUCGCCGGAGAAUCCAGCCUACAAUUACCAAGCGUAUACCGAAUCUCGAUAUUAUCUCUUUGGAGGCAGAUUGCGCGGUCUGAGACUUGUUAAGUUAAAGCAAUACGUCUCAUUGAUUACCACCAUAGUACUUCACGUUGUAUCCUUGCCGUUGUAUAUUAUCUUUGAGGCGAGAUACGCAUGGACCCAUAUUUCACCCGCUAUCAUUUUUAUCUUCUGCUACCUUUGGUGCCUAUCAGCUUCGUGUCUUAUUCGGGCAACUUUUCAAGACCCUGGAUUACUUCCGCGGAAUGUUCAUCUGGUAGAUAACGUUGUCCGCAAUGGGUUGCCCAUCGAGUACAUUAACAGUCAACUGGUGGAUGGACCAAAAUCAAAGGUGGAGCUAAAAUACUGCACAACAUGCUACAUUUGGAGACCUGUACGUUCGUCGCAUUGUUCCAUGUGUAAUGCUUGCAUCCUGAAUAUGGACCACCACUGUCCUUUCCUGGCCAAUUGCAUAGGACAGAGAAAUUACUGGCAUUUUCUAUGCUAUUUAACAUUUACUAUCCUGCUCUGUGCAUUUGUAUGCGCACAGACGGCUUAUAGAAUCUCAAGGCAGGAUAUAGCUGACACCCCAAUGAGCCUCUUUUUACUCAUAUACGCAGCGCUGUGUAUCAUGUUUCCCGCAUCACUGUUAUUUACCCAUUUGUGCUUUGGUUUGACAGGCAUCACCACCAGAGAGUAUUUGGCAACAGACAGAGUAGAGGGUCAUUUCUUCUUGAAAGAUGUGUGUCUAAAUCCAUUCAAUUCGGGGAAUCUAAUUGCAAACUGGCUGCGGCAGUGGCUGCGUCCCCGCGGUUUAAGCACGCUUCCGUUGCGUCAGCAGUUUACCGAGACCGAUACCAGAUUCCAGGAGUACGUUAUCGGCUCGCUGACGUAAGCAUAGAAAUUGGGAGUAAAAACUGACACUACCGAUACGGCUUUUCUUUUUUUCGACCGUUCCGGUUUUCACCGCCACCAAAAAUUUUUAUUUCAAAAGAGGUAUUUAACUCACUCGCCAGUCUCUUGAUAUCGUCAUGAAGGUCUUCAAUUCUACGCAAUUUUACAACUACUCGUGGGAUUAUGUAAGCGCUGCCAACUGGUGCAAGUACCCAAACGAGCUGAGUACUCAUGUUGUGGGCGUUGAUGUGCUUCGUCGGGAAUUUGAUCCGGACAAGGGCACUUUGACCACAGAACGCCUUAUCACAUGCAAACAACCUAUUCCACGCUGGCUGAUGUUUCUUGUUGGCGGACAAGACAAGUCGUAUGUGAGGGAGGUGUCCGUGAUUGACCGAAACCAGCGGACCCUGACCAUGCGGUCUUGCAACCUAACCAUGUGCAAACUUUUGAGAGUCUACGAGACAGUGGUUUACAGGCCAGACCCCGUGUCCCCGGUUUCGCGUACGCGGUUUGAUCAGGUGGCCGAAAUCACUGCCUUUGCCUCUUUGCGCCAGCUUUGUGACAAGUUGGAGGAUUGGUCGGUUGAGCGGUUUGGCCAGAACGCGCGCAAAGGAAAGCUUGGAUUCGAUUCAGUCUUGAAAAACCUGGAGAAACAGUGGCAUGGAAUUGCCGAUAAAACGCAGGUUUUACUUGAUGAGGUGAACGAAAAAACAAACGAUGUCAUGUCCGGAGUCAACGAGAAAACCGGGGCUUUGGCGAAAGUAUUCGGAUCCAGAAAUUAGAAUUGAUAGAGCGCAUGCAUAGCAUAUAAACGAUUCGACUUACUAUAACGUAGUGAUCUUAGCCUUUCUUAGUUGUCUCAUGUCGGGCGGUUUCUCUAUGCCGAGCUCGUGUCUAAGCUGGUCCACAUCGCGAUCCAGGAUGUUUUCCCAAUAGACGUUGAUGAGCGGUUUACAGGUGAAACUGUUUUUCAGGGCCCAGGGGUAGUAUAUGUUAAAUAGGCGGCUCCGCUGGGAUUUUUUGAUAGGAAUUGGGGCAAAAAGAGCACCCAAUCCUGCAAACGGGAUCUUGAGGUUGAGGAAUUCAAAUAAUUUCAAUGCAAUCUCUCCUUCUCUGACAAUAGGCAGUCCCGUAAUUGCAUGGUAGAAAUCGUGGCAUUGGCGGUACCUUUGGAAAAUGAAUGCUAGUUCCUCGUCAUCAAUAAACCGGACAGGCUCUCUGGUGUCUGGGGACACCCCUUCCUUCUCAAGCCAGUCAACAUAGGCUCUUGCCAGUGUGUUAUCCGGAUACUGCUUGAGCUUGGCAAGAUUCAACGACUCAGAGGUUAUGUAAGGGCGUUCUUUGAGAAUUUGACGGCCAACGGGAUCGUUCAGCAUUUGCACUUUGAGCUGCUUGAGAAAGUAUGGGAAUGCAGUAGACUCUCCCAGAGCAACAAUAAACUCGUUUCUCUCGGGAUGCAAAUAGGCACCAAUUGCAGAGCCAACAAACAGUAGAGCUUUUUCAAAGCCGUACAGCGGCACAUGCUGUGGAUAAUUGGGCUCAGGCCGGACAAACAGUGGGGCCUUCUUCCUGGCCAAUAAUUCGUCAUGGUUUGGACCUCGGUGGAUUUCGCCACGCUCCAGCUGAUCGGCUAAAGACGUGCUCUUGUAAAGCUGAGAUGCCGCCGUGAAUGCCAGUGUGAAGAACUGGCGCGAAGGUGCCACCUGGGGUUUAAC